GGGCAGAGACCCAAGUCCAUGUUAAAUAUCAACAAAAAAGACAAGCUGCCAGGACCCUGCUAGGGAACCGGGGGGCUUUCCCCUUCUCUUAACCAAGAGUCUACCUUUCCUACCAGCUGUAGCUGGGUCUCUGUCUCCUCAUGUGAGCCCUCACAUUCUUGCAUCUUUGAGGUUCUGUUCUAGAGACUCUGAAUCUCCAAAGGAUGUGGCUGUGACCGCAGGGAGGAGCAGCCGCACCCUCUCCCACUCCUCACAGUGGGAGUCUGGAAGGGUCAGACAGGCUUGACAUAUGGGUGAGAGGGUGCCACCUAGGGCCUGAGCCGGCCUGCCCAGGAUGCCCCGUGGCCCUCCUUUCACGUCCUGGUUGCUCCUGCUGCUGCUGCUGCUGCUGCUCUCCUCAACUCCUCACAGCCAAGCCACCUUCCCCCAGGAUCCCCUCCCUCUAGUGACUUCUGACCUCCAAGGUGUAUCACCAUUAUCCUGGUUCCGGGGUGUAGAAGAUGAUGCUGUGGCUGGAGAACUGGGUCUGGACUUUCAGAGAUUCUUGAUCCUGAACCGGACAUUGCUGGUAGCUGCCCGGGAUCAUGUUUUCUCCUUUGAUCUUCAAGCUCAAGACUGGGAAGGGCUGGUACCAGACAAGUAUCUGACAUGGAGAAGUCAGGAUGUGGAGAACUGUGCUGUUCGAGGGAAGCUGAGGGACGAGUGCUACAACUACAUCCGCGUCCUCAUUCCCCGGGACUCCCGGACCCUCCUUGCCUGCGGGACAAAUUCAUUCAGCCCCACGUGCCGCAGCUAUGGGCUCUCUUCCCUGCAACAGGAGGGUGAGGAGCUGAGUGGGCAAGCUCGAUGCCCCUUUGAUGCCACACAGUCCAGCGUCGCCAUCUUUGCAGAGGGUAGCCUUUAUUCAGCCACGGCUGCAGAUUUCCAGGCCAGCGAUGCUGUUGUUUAUAGAAGUCUUGGCCCUCAGCCCCCUCUCCGCUCAGCCAAGUACGACUCCAAGUGGCUUCGAGAGCCACACUUUGUCCAUGCUGUGGAGCACAGAGACCAUGUUUACUUCUUUUUCCGAGAAGUCUCUGUGGAGGAUGCUCGGCUGGGACGGGUACAGUUCUCUCGUGUAGCACGUGUGUGUAAACAUGACGUAGGUGGCUCCGCCCGGGCCUUGGACCGUCACUGGACAUCUUUUCUAAAGCUUCGGCUCAACUGCUCUGUCCCUGGAGAUUCGGCUUUCUACUUUGAUGUACUGCAGGCCCUGACUGGUCCUGUUCCUCUGCAUGGACGUCCUGCUCUAUUUGGGGUCUUCACCACCCAGACCAACAGCAUCCCUGGUUCUGCUGUCUGUGCCUUCUAUCUGGAUGACAUUGAACAUGGGUUUGAGGGCAAGUUCAAGGAGCAGAAGAGCCCAGAUGGGGCCUGGACCCCUGUGCCUGAGGACAGGGUCCCCUCACCCAGGCCAGGGUCCUGUGCAGGGGUGGGUAGAGCUGCUUCAUUUCCUUCUUCCCGGGACCUCCCUGAUGAAGUCCUGACUUUCAUCAAGGCUCACCCACUGCUGGAUUCCGCUGUGCCACCUGCCACCCAUCGGCCCCUUCUCACCCGUACUGGCAGAGCCUUGCUGACCCAGGUGGCUGUGGAUGGAGCAGCUGGUCGCCACGGCAAUACCACUGUCCUCUUCUUGGGUACGGAGGAUGGGACAAUACUGAAGGUGCUCCCCCCAGGAGGGGGGUAUGGUAACGCCGAGCCCAUCUUGUUGGAGGAGAUCGACACCUAUAGCUCUUCCCGGUGUGGCGGUAAGCGAUCAGCACAGUUAGCCCGCCGGGUUCUUGGACUGGUGCUGGAUCCUGACGGGCACAGGCUCUUUGUGGCCUUUUCAGGCUGUGUUGUCUACCUGCCUCUCAGUCGAUGUACCCGGCAUGGGGCUUGUCAAAGAAGCUGUCUUGACUCCCAGGACCCAUACUGUGGGUGGGGAAGCUUCCAAGGCUGCAUGGAUGUCAGGGGACCCGCUUGGACUGACCUGCAGCUGGAUGGGGCCAGGGAAAUGAUGAAGGAGAGAGACUGCCACGAUGGGGCCACUGGGAGUCAUUCAGGGCCAGGAGAUUCUGCCUAUGAGCCUCUGGGUCCCAGCCCUCCCCCUGAGGCCCCCAGUCCCCCCAAUGAUGCCCACCCCUGGUCCCCGCCCUCCACUCUUCGGGCUCACAUAGAGGGUAAGGCAGGUGUUCGCCGAGAUCCUCCCCAGGCCUCAUCUCCUCACACGGUCCCCGUGCCGCUCCUCCUGGCCAGUGUGGCUGCAGCCUUUGCCCUGGGUGCCUCCAUCUCUGGCUUCCUGGUCUCCUGUGCCUGUCGUCAUGCCUAUCGACACACUCACAGGGGAAACAAGGACGUGGAGACCCCCGGACUCCCCCGGCCCCUCUCUCUGCGAAGCUUGGCCAGGCUCCAUGGUGGGGGUCCUGACCCACCACCCCCAGCCAAGGAUGGGGACUCACCCUCAGUGCCCCAGCUCUAUACCACAUUCCUACCACCCACUGAGGGCAUGCCUGCCCCAGAGCUGGCCUGCCUGCCCACCCCUGAGUCCACCCCAGAGCUUCCAGUCAAGCAGCUCCAACCAGUCCAGGGGCCUUGGGAGUGGAACCAUAAUGGGAACAAUGCCAAGGACAGCUCUGCCCACUCCCGGAGUGGCUCUGGACCUGCCCCGAGGGUGCUGGUGAGGCCACCCCCUCCUGGCUGCCCUGGCCAGGCUGUAGAAGUGACCACCUUAGAGGAACUGCUUCGAUAUCUCCAUGCUCCCCAGCCUCCUAGGAAGGGGACAGAGCUUCUGUCCCCAAAUAAUCCCUGUACCCCUCUCCCCUUGGCUACCCGGGCGCAGCCCCGAGUUCCCCCACCAGAGCCGGCCCAUGGCCUCUUUUCUGGCGCCUCUCCACUCCCACGAGACUGUACCCCUCCACUCCGGCUGGAUGUUCCCCCGGAUGGGAAAUGCCCACCUCCGUCCCGCCCCCCACUCUCUGCCCCUGCUCCUCGACUUGGGAUUGGAGGCACCCGGAGCAUAUCCCCUUCACCACACCGGGGACCCCCGGGCCUGCUGACUCGAGUCCCCUCAGUAGGAACCUCAAGAUAUUCUGGGGUUCACGGAAGGUACCCUCUGUACCUUGGUCGGCCUGAGGGAUACAGGGGACGUGCCCUGAAGAGGGUUGAUGUGGAAAAGCCACAGCUGCCCCCAAAGGCUCCCCUCCUUGUGACCUCCCCCUCUCAGGCCGCCCCUCCUGGUGGCCAUUUUAACUAUUGAAGGUAACUACCCUGCCUAGAAAGGGUGUGGCAAUGAAGACUCUAGAGGGACAAAUAACUCACUAAUCACAUUGCCUGCUUACAUCCUUCCUGGACUCCGGACCUCUCCUCUCUGUACUUACUGCCCAUCUUGGGCUUAUUUAUUGACUCUCAUCGUAGUCUCUCUCUGUUGCCCCUAGACUCCAGGGGUUUGGGUAGUGGGGGGGGGCCUUACCUCUCCCUCCCACCACUGUGAGCCAGCCCUACUCAGUGGGAGCUGGCUGGGGCUCCCACCCUUAUCUCCUCCAGCCAAGCUGCCUUAGCCCUUCCCCUCCCAGCUUCCUCCGUAGUCUGGAAGCCCCAGACUGGGGAUGUCCACGAUUGGGGGUUGGGGUAGGGUAUGUAUGUAUAGUGUACAGAGUUCUUGGGGCUGCCCCGAGACAUCAUCGCCUCCUACCGUGUAGGAGCCUUCCCUCACCCCAAUACAACGAUGUGCCCCCAGA